UGCACCCAGGUAGUCAUGAAUAGCCACAGCCACAACGGCAGUGUGGGGCGGCCACUGGUCAGCGGGCCAGGUGCCCUGAGCCAUGACCCUCCGGACCCCGAAGCUGGCUGCUCCCCUCGGCCUCCACAUAGUCCAGGACUCCAGGUGGUGGUGGCUAAGAGUGAGCCGGCCCGGUCCUCACCCGGCAGCCCCCGGGGGCAGCCCCAGGACCAGGAUGAUGAUGAGGAGGAUGAGGAGGAUGAGGAGGGUGGGCAGAGGGGCUCAGGAAAGCCCCCGAAUGUGGGCCACCGCCUGGGCCACCGGCGGGCACUCUUUGAGAAGCGGAAGCGCCUCAGUGACUAUGCCCUCAUCUUCGGCAUGUUCGGCAUUGUCGUCAUGGUGACAGAGACAGAGCUAUCCUGGGGUGUGUAUACCAAGGAGUCUCUGUACUCAUUUGCACUCAAAUGCCUCAUCAGCCUCUCCACUGUCAUCCUACUGGGCCUCGUGGUUCUGUACCACGCCCGGGAGAUCCAGCUGUUCAUGGUGGAUAACGGGGCAGAUGACUGGCGCAUCGCCAUGACAUGCGAGCGUGUCUUCCUCAUCUCACUGGAGUUGGCUGUGUGCGCCAUCCACCCUGUGCCUGGCCACUACCGCUUCACGUGGACUGCGCGGCUGGCCUUCACGUAUGCACCGUCAGUGGCCGAGGCUGAUGUGGACGUGCUGCUGUCCAUCCCUAUGUUUCUGCGCCUCUAUCUGCUGGGCCGUGUCAUGCUCCUGCACAGCAAGAUCUUCACGGAUGCCUCCAGCCGCAGUAUCGGGGCCCUCAACAAGAUCACCUUCAACACGCGCUUCGUCAUGAAGACGCUCAUGACCAUCUGCCCCGGCACGGUGCUGCUUGUCUUCAGCAUCUCUUCCUGGAUCAUCGCUGCCUGGACCGUGCGUGUCUGUGAAAGGUACCACGACAAGCAGGAAGUGACCAGCAACUUCCUGGGGGCCAUGUGGCUCAUCUCUAUCACCUUCCUCUCCAUCGGCUAUGGUGACAUGGUGCCCCACACCUACUGCGGGAAGGGCGUGUGCCUCCUCACCGGCAUCAUGGGAGCUGGCUGUACAGCGCUCGUAGUGGCUGUGGUGGCUCGGAAGCUGGAGCUCACCAAGGCUGAGAAGCACGUGCACAACUUUAUGAUGGACACUCAGCUCACCAAGCGGGUAAAAAAUGCCGCUGCUAACGUUCUCAGGGAGACGUGGCUCAUCUAUAAACACACCAGGCUGGUGAAAAAGCCAGACCAAGCCCGGGUUCGGAAACACCAGCGUAAGUUCCUCCAAGCCAUCCAUCAGGCUCAGAAGCUCCGGAGUGUGAAGAUUGAACAAGGGAAGCUGAAUGACCAGGCUAACACAAUUACCGACCUGGCCAAGACCCAGAGCAUCAUGUAUGAUCUUGUGUCCGAGCUGCAUGCCCAGCACGAGGAGCUUGAGGCCCGCUUGGCUGCCCUGGAAAGCCGCCUGGACGCGCUGGGUGCCUCCUUGCAGGCCCUGCCCGGCCUCAUCGUCCAAGCCAUACGCCCACCCCCGCCACCCCUGCCACCCCGGCCCAGCUCUGGCCUCCCAGACCAGGCGGCCCGGAGCCCCCCAUGCCGGUGGGCACCCAUAGCCCCCUCGGACUGUGGGUGACGGCCCUGCCCGCCACCAGACCCUAAAUCUUGGCCAUC